AUGGGUGUUGAGACGAAGAAGGCCUCCGCUCCACCGCUCCCCGCGCCGACCGAAACCGAGUCGACCACAACACCCACCGAGCUGCAGACAGAUGUGUCCAGGCCCGGUGACGAAAAGUCGUCGUAUUCUUUGCCCGAGGACGGCACGCCCGUGACCAUCAAGACCCGCGGUCACAAACACAACAAGUCGCAGACCUCUCUGCUCAUCGAGUACUUCGAAGGCGGCAAAACGGCCACCUCUGGAGGCGGCUCCGACCGCAAGCCAAGCGUGCGAGUGCGCUUGACACCCUCCAAAAACCGGAGAAACGACCACAUACAGAUCACAGAGACCAAGUCGUCCUCGCGAAAGGCCUCUCUGUCAAGACGCUCCGCCCCGGCAACCCCGACCGGCCACCACUUGGAGGGUGAGGCCUUGUCAGCAAUCAGUGGCAACUCUGUAGAUACUGGCGACGCCCAUAGUAUGAACUCGUACGCCUCUGCCACCGAGGAGUCCAAUGUCUCCCGCAACCCGAUCGAGGUCGAUAUAGACCGCAGCGGGCACCACCGCCGGCGACGCCCCGCCAGCCCACUCAUACCCGCUGCCGAUGAGAACCGGGCAUCCUAUCUUCCCGGCACGGCUUCAGAAAUCUCGGCUAUUCCUACCGACAGCUUUCUUGACGGGUCUGGGCCCACCACGCGCAGCCCCGAAGACCACCGGAGUAGGAGCCCGUCGCGAGGCGCAGACCUCCUGACUGGCGCGGUCGCGGGCCUCGCUGCCGGCGCCGCAGCCGACAAGUUGCGCUCCAAGAGCCGCGGCGACGAUAGGGAGCGGAUUGUGGUCCCCAAGUCCCGAGACAAGGACCGAUCCGAGCGCAAGCACAAGUCCAAGAGUCGGACCAGCAGCCUCAGCGAAAAGGAGAGGGACGGUACGAGGUCGCCCCGCCGGCGAUCCAGCCGGAGCCAACAGGACUCGUUGGUGUCGGCAGCCGACUCCAGCGUCGUGUCCUCCGCGCUCACACCAAGCCACCGCUCAUACGAUCAGCAGUCGGUCCGCUCAGGCGCCUCCAAGUCCUCGAUCAAUAACCCAAAGCUCCUCGAGACCGUCGAGGAUGCCAUUCGGAGGCUGAUUCUCCCCGAGCUAAACGCUCUAAAACGAGAGCAGAGUCGCCAUAAGGACCGUCGGGGGUCGGCAACUUCUAGUGCAACUUCCGUCUCCAGAGAGGACUAUGGCAGCGAGCGCCGGAGAUCCGGGACGAGUGAUAAGCAGAGCGUGGGCGUCAAGGGCGAAUCGAAAGUCAAGGAACGUAGGGAUCGCGAGGCCCGUCACGACUUUGACCACGAGAGCCCCGCCCCAAGCAUUACUCACGAAUCCGUCGACGAGGCUACGCGAGAUAUUGAAAACACCCCUGUACGAAGCACGGGCAACCUGAAAGCAGCAGCUGCCGGAGCGGCUUUGGGUGGAUUGGCUGCUGCUGCGAUGCAUGAUAGUUCGAUGCCCUUCGCCAGGGAGCAGCGCCGCCGCCGACGUGCAGAACUCAACAAGCGCAUCUCCGACCGGUACGACGAGUACGAUGAUAUGGAGCGUGAACCAGAGCCGCCCAUGCCCUUGAUGAGCGAGAUCAACCCGUCUGAAGUCACAAGGACGUCGAUCCUAUCCGCCGCUACUGAUCGCCCGCAUUCGGCUAGUGAGGAAAUGACGCCUGUUCAUGAGGUGACUCGCGGUGUGCCCUCUGUCGAGUCGGACAGCACAACUCCCACGCGAACUCCCACAACGCUUCAAGCCCUGGGCACACAGCACGCGAACAUCUCACAUGGCGAUCUCAAGGCACUUCCACGGCAGAGCACCGGGGAGUUCAUUGAGCACGAGUAUGAGAUUGACGAGUUCGGUCACAAGGUUCCUGUCAGCCCUCACGAAGAGUUCGAUGAGGAACGAUAUGAAGAAGAGGCACCUGUGCCGGAGGGUGCCUAUGACUACUACAACACUCAAGACGUGCCACCGCCCUUGCGCUAUGUCCCGUAUCAGCCUGAGCGGAGGGGCCUCAGUCCCAUUCCGAGUGUCUCGGGCUACACUGAGGGAGGCAGUGACGUCCACCACCGUGAUUCGAGAGUUACACAGACCACCGACGGAGCCCCUUCCCCAGGCAAGUCACCACAUGUGGAUCGAUAUGCCCGCUCGCCGGGAUCCAUUCCCAGCAACAUGCGAAGUCGCGAGUUUGAUCACGAUGAUCAGUCGGUCCGAAGCUCUGUCGCGGACUACAGGAAUACCAUGUACACUGAAGACAGCGAGGUCGCUUCCUCGGCCCCCGGCGGGCAGGCGGUACGAGGUGUUGGCGCGAACCCCAACUUCGUCCACACGCCUCUUGGUGUGGAGUCGGCUGUGGCCUCCUUGGUUGACGGGUCGAUGGUCACGGAUACGGUACUUACUGGGGAGUCUGGUCAAGGGACAAGAGACAUCUACGGUGGUGGGGCUGCCAUGGCGCCUCUGGAAGAGGAGCUCUCGCACGGCCAUGCCACACCCAGCAAGCGUUCGGUCGAGAGUCACCGGGAUCUAGUCGAAGAGCAAGAGGUUGCGCGCGCCUCGCCCACGACAACCAGGACAAACCCCUCCGAGUUCGCUGAGGAGUAUGAGAUUGACCAGUACGGACGCAAGGUCCCCAGGACGAGGUACCGCCACUCGCCAACUGCUUCCGAGGUGGCGAUCACAUCCGGUGCUGUCGAUGCCGCUGCCGCUGCGAUCAGGGCUGCUAAGGAUAGAAAGAACCAGCCGGCUGUGGAAGAGUACCAGGAUGAAGAAUUCGUGCCGGAGGGUGUUCAGAGGAACAAGUCCUUCAAGGAGCGGACCAUGAGCGGUCGUCGGCCAGCAAACACCCCUUCGCAUAGCGUUGACCGUCUAGACGACUACGCUCAGCCAAAGAUGGGCGUCAGCGGUAUCCCGGAUGCCCAUGACCCGAUCCCGGAGAUCGGGUACGGCUAUGGCGAUGGUCCUGAGCUGGAGACAAACCCAUCUGUUGUGGAAGGUCGGCUAGACGGUGAUCAUCACGACGAGCCAGAGCACUGGCGUGGAGACAUCACGCCGACCCAAGAGCACAUUGAUCAGCAGGCUAAGGAUAUCUCCCAUCACGACCCCAGCGCGCGCGACUUGGGCUUGGCCGGCGCUGCUGCCGUUGCUACAGCUGCCGCGCUGGCCUCUGCUCACAACACUCACAGCCGACAGCCCAGCCAGGAGCAAGAUGACGAGUGGCAUCGCACAUCGGAAGACAAGAAACGGGACACCCUCAUCACGAAUCCCUACGAGGGUGCCAGCCCGGUCGCCAACCUGCCCGACCUAGGCGAGAAGCUGUUCGUCCCUCCUGCCUUGGCCAAGGCGGGCUUUGCGCCCGGAUUUACAACCCGCAGCCCCUUGGGUCCCAACGAUGAAGGAUACAUCUCCCAGGGACCUGUCAAGACGCCCGACAUCAAGGGCAAGGCUGGCGAGUUCACGGAGCAGCCUGCCACGGGCGGUGCAGAGGAUCCGUUCUUCACCCCGACGCAUGCAAGACACAUGAGCGGCAUGUCUCAGGGCAUGGGCUCGCCGUUUUACGAUGCCGCGACCGGUGCGGGUAUUGACCGGAUCGAGUCUAAGGAUAUCAUCGCAUUGAUGCAACAUUUGAUGGUUCGUGACGCACAGAGGAGUGCCCGCGAUACGGAGAUCCUCGUCACCCUGGUGCGCUCCGCCUCCGAGAUGAGGGAGUCGUUUGACAACAUGAAGAAGAUGCUCGCACAGCAGGAGAAGGGGCUUGUGACCGAGAUUAGGGAGAGAGUUGCCGACACCGAGGACGUCAUCAUCACCGAGGUCAAGGAGAACACAGAGAAGACGGUCCGACACCACAUCGGCGGCCCUCGGCCCUUCCCUGGCAGUGCUGCCAGGUCGCUCCAGAUGUCGCAGGCCGAGACCGACGAUCUCCCCGCCAAGAAGCGCAACCUCUUCCGACGAGCGCUCAAGGGUCUCAGCGCCAAAGGCAACAAUGAUCUGGGUAGGAUCGAGGACAUGCUGAUGCAGCUACUGACCGAAGUCGACGUCCUCAAGGCUCAGACUGCUCAGACUGGCAGUGGCAGCACUCAUGAUCAGUCUUUCGAGCACAUGGACGAGCCCGAGAUACCAUUCGAGCAGGAUCGUGGCUAUGAGCCCGAAGGAAAUGCCGGUACCUCGACUGCCAGCCACGCCAGCCAAUCCGGGCAUCUGUCGCUGAACUCUCGGGGACAGCCAUCGAAGCUCGGAUACGAGCGGAAGUUCUCAGAUCAUCGGAUAAGCACGGUCCCUGAGGCAAACGAGGAUGAGUCCAGUCAUCAGCAGCAGCAGCCAGGCAUGGGUCCACAAUACCAAAUGUCGGGUCCGCUCCUCAACACACCUCCUCCCGAUCACCAGCGUGGCAACUCGGUGCCUCUGAACACCCCCCCACAGCCAAUGACCUCCCAGCAGGCCUCGCUAAGCAAUGAGAAUGCAUCGCGCUCGGAGAAGGGCAAGAAACACAAGUCGGGCGGCUCGACGAGCUGGCUUCCUAAGAUCUCCCGCUGGUCUGGGACGACGACGUCCAGCAUGGGCAAGGUCUUCCGGGGAAGUAAGGAUUCCAAGAAAGACGACGAAAUGGAUGACUUCCUCGGCGGUGCAUCGCGCUCUGGUUCGAACCUAGCGAACUAUGACGAGUAUGGGCACACCGAUCCCUACGGCGAGGACAAACUCCACACGGGUUUCUCUCAGCCCGACCUGCUUCAUACGGGCCAACACCCGCAGACACCUGGCGGCCAGCAGCAGCAGAUGCCCCCUCAGGCGUACAUGACACCGGAGGAUCCCAAGUACAAGGCGCACCGCAACUCGCUGCUCUUGCAGCACCCACAGCCGAGGUCGGGACAGCCCAUCAAGGCGGCGCUCGAGUACCGCGCCGAGGACUACGACGAUCCCAUGAGCCCCCGUUCCGCCGAGUGGGCUGGCUCGGCCACUUCGCUCCACCGCUUCCCGGGCCAGAACCCCAACCGUUACAGCGGCGGUUCCGCGUCCCAGGAGGCUACGGGCCAGCAGCAGCAGCAGCAGCAGCAGCAGCAGUAUUGGGGUUCGUCCCCGGCGGGCCAGGGCCCGCCCCGCCCGCCGAAGGAGCCGCUCGACGACGGCAGCGGCCGCGCCAUCCGGCAGACGCCGCCCAAGAGCAACCGCAUCUCCAAGCUGGCGUCCAAGACGAGCCCGCUGCCGUACCACAGCGUGGAGAGCGGGUACGGCACGGCCACGCACGGCGCGCCGACGGUCAGCUACGCGGGCAGCAGCCCGCGGCUGGAGAACCGCAACCUCAGCGGGGCGCUGGGCGUGCCGACGCGGCGGCCUAGCGGGCCGAGGGCCAUGACGCCCAAGAGCGCGGGCAGCGUGGACGAGGAUGCCGAGGCGAGGCGGCGCAAGAGAGGUUAG